AUGAGCACACGUUUUGGACCCGGCAACUCAUCACAAAACGUGUGGUUGAGCAAUAUUUGGCGUUGGGGCAGUAAUGCCUCAUUGUUGGUCACGUCAAGGAUUGUUGAUUCCCAGCAUUGGUGUAGUGUGGCCGGCCACUCAUCUCACAGACGUGAAAUUUGUGCCAGGGAAACUGUAUUAUUCCAGCAUUCUCGGAUGUCAGAGAAACGGCGUCGUAAAAUUGAUUAUUUGAUGCUCGAUCCCGUGCCAGCAUGCAUCAGAACCGAUACCGAGCACAACGAUCUUGUAUCCGGCCCCCAUCCUAAUUACGCGUAA